UUUCGAAUGGCCUUUGUUGCGUGUGAGUGUUGUGAAAGGUCGUACCGUGAUGAAGAAACUAGAGAGGAGGAGAGAGAGCGCGAUUGUUUGGGUCCAUCUCGACAUCUUCACCGACUGACUGCAGUCUUCAGUCUUCAGCGUACUGUCGUCUUCAAUGCGGGUUAAACGUGACGGUGCGGGACUUACCGGAACGACGGUGUGAUUAUUUAUUUGAGUGUGUUUGAACUAUUUUUUUCGACGGACGUGUGAUGGAUAGGAGUGCGUCCACCAUGGCUAGGUACCACCUUCUCAAAUUGGGAUUGGCUAUACUGGUGUAUUUUACGCGGUCGAUGGGUUGUUUGGAAACUGAAGAGAGGAAAUUUAAUGAAGAAGACUUAGUUUUCUAUCAGGGAGUUACAGGAAAACCAGGUGUUGACUUCCCGGUACUAUCACAUAUUCCGCGUACUACCUUUAAUUGCCGAAACGUUGAUUCGGGUUAUUAUGCCGAUUUGGAAACGGACUGUCAAGUUUUCCACAUUUGUGAAGAAGGGAAGAAAAUUUCGUUCCUGUGCCCUAACGGUACCAUCUUCCAACAGUCGGAACUUAUCUGCGAGUGGUGGUUCAAGGUCAAUUGUACCGAUUCGCCCAAUUUUUACGAAGAAAGUGCCGAACAGUUAAGGGAAGAUAACGCAAGAAGAAAAGCUUCAAGAAGAGUACUACAAAACCAUGGUGCUGUUAUGCGAACUGAAGAACAUUCUUCGGUUUCUGCGAGUCAGAAUGGACGCAAAUUUAACGUUGGUACCACUUUUCAAGAGACCAAUGAUUUAGCAAGAGCUCCAAGUUCCGACUUUGUGAGGGAUCAGAAAAAGAAGGGUAGAAAACCGGUGCAAUUCCAGACGCAAUCAAUUGAAGAACGGAAGAGUUUUGAUGAUCAAAAGGUGGUACCAAGUAAAAAUCAUCGAGCGAACGAACGAAUUAAUCAAAAUGGUGCAGUACCACAGCAUCAAGAAGUUCGAAAUAACAGUGCCAGAAGUUAUAACCAGUUUGGUACUACCAGACAAGAAGUAGUACCAAACAAUCAACGUAAUGGAGGCAGGAAGGUGGUUCAAGGAUCACAAGACCAAAACCAGAAGUUUGAAACAAAUGCCAAAGGAUUUGGUACUUCAGUGGUACCAAAUAGGCAGGAGAAAGAACAACAUUCUAAUCCUAAUUUUCAACAAUAUAGCAACUUUCACAACCAAAAUAGUGGAUUUGGCACCACUAGCGACUUUAAGAAAAUGGUACCUAGUCAAUUCAACACUCAACAAAGUCAGCAAGAAAGGAAAAAUAUAAAAACUUUCGGUACUAAAGAAGUUGUAUCAAAUCAAUUUAACAAUGGACAAUCGGCACAAAAUACUUUUAGUAAUAGUACAAACAGAGAGGAGGAGAUUAACCCAUUUUUCAAUAACGGGUUCCAAGACUCAAACACAAAUAGUGCCGAAAGUACCGACAAAAAAUCGAAUGUUUCCAACUUCUCUCAAUCGUUCAGUCAUCGAAAUUUUAAUGUAGAUGAGAAACGAACAACGUUUAGUUCCAGUACCACCACCACGCCACGGAGUACCACUAAAGUACCACCCACGAGCUCUAACUUGCAAAACCAUAAUCAAGAUUACCACCAAAUUAAAAAUUUAAAUAUUGAAGGGAAGGGUGGUACCAUCAAACAAACAAGUACCGUACCCUUGACGCGGAACGACUUAGUGAACCGACGACUGGAACCCAACGACUCUGAUGAGUCUCAAAUUACGCAAGAAACGUCUUCGUUUUACAAGAACUCGUUCAAUCGAAUCGACCAAACUAUCAAAACUACCAGCAAUCCGCACCCGAACCAUCGUAGUACCUAUAGCGAAAUCAAGGAACCCAAAUUUCACUCAACUAAGGCUUAUACAUCGCUUUCUUCAGUCACCCCACAAUAUUUGACCACUCAACCUAUAAAUAACGGACGGCCCUUUGUAGGUAGCCAGGUCGGUACCACCUUGCGAGGGUUUGGUACCAAACCACCAACAACUACCCCGGUGGUACCAACAGAAAUAUUUAAUGUUGGUCGUACCGAUAAGUCUUUAAAACCAAUCGCUUUGUCUACACUGUCUACUUUUACACCUUUGCCACCGCUUGAUUUGACGGUACCAUCGCAAGGUUCCUUUAACACGGGUACCCCGAGCCCUAAAACUGAGAGUAGUACUAGGGUUAUAGACCACGCUACGGUUUAUGGUAAAUUUGUUAAAAGUGGAGCCACAACUCCCACAACAGGACGUACCAAAAUUUUGCUAUCAAAAUCAGUUUUUGGUACCACCCCUAAGACAUCAGCCGAAAUUUUAAGUACCUCUGAUAGCUACAAUCGGGGUAAUUCGCAAGUCAGAUUUUUCGGGAAAGUUCAAACCACGACUAAAAUACCAGGCGUCCAAAUUAUUUCGAAAUCGGAUGGUACCACUACAAAACCGGCCGAAAUUUUGAGUACCUCUAACAGUUACAAUCGGGGUAAUUCGCAAGUUCAAUUUUUUGGCAAAGUCCAAACUACGGCCAAUUUGAACUCAAUUAGUACCACUCAGAAACCAUUCAGUAGUAGCACACCAACUGUACUACCUUUAUCGUUUGGCACUACUAGUAGUACCAUUGGCACCACUGUAAAACCAACGGUUCCUGGGUUUUUCGUGACCAAAAAUGUUAUUCCGAAGAGUGAAAUAGCCCGUCCUCGCCCAUUCCAACUACCUCCAGAACCCGAUUUUGGUCAACCCAUUUUUGGUACCACCCAGAAUUUGGUCACAACACUCAAACCAACGUAUCCCACAUACAAAAUUUCGUCAGCGAGUCCAUUUUCGGGACCUUCAACCCCAGAACCCACUCUUCCAACCCCAUUCGCCACCACUCAGGUACUACCUUCAACUUUUGAAACCGUGGACAGUAUGAUCACAGCUUUGGCUGAAAUGGCCAAUAGUAAUAACUACACCGAAAAUCCAAGACCCGGACUUGUGAUUCCUCCGUCAGCCGGUCCCCAAACCCUCCACACACUUGCACAGUACUUUGCAAAUGCCCUGGAUGGAAUAGCAACGGAAAAAGAAGACGAAGAAGACGGUGAUGAAGAAAACUUGACCAAAGUCGAGCUCGAGAAGAAAAAACUGACAGAACUACUGACUCAAAUGACAAUGAACCGGUACAACGAGCUCUUCCCCGAGGAUGAAAGUACCACCACGGUGGUACCCAACGACUUGGAAGGCCAACACUCCAAAAGUCCAGCAACCCCAGCACCAAAAGUGCGUCAACUGGCUAAAGUUUUCACCCAAGCCCUUUCGUCCUAUUUGGACGACCCAGCGACCUUCAAAAAAGUACUUGAAGAGGUACGACCCACGGAACCACCAGCACUGGACGAAACCACCGAUUUACCAGACGACGAGUUGUUGAACUUCUCGGACGCUGACACCAAAUCUAGUUAUUCGCCCUUUUUCCCACCCAAAUUACCAGCGGUACGACCUACAUGGGGGUACCUCAUUGCCUACAACACAACCCCACAUAAUCUAGACGUCAAGAACUCAAUCGGAGGAACGGAAGAAAACUUGCAAGGAGCAGACAGCCAGUCAUUUGUGUCCCAAUUCAACAAAUUGCAAAACCAGAAAGAAAGCACCACCAGAAGCUCGGUACUACUUCCAGAAGAUCACUGGACGACGUCUCCUGACGCUACCAAGCUGUGGAAAACUGCGUUUUCCUUUGAUCCAGCUUCAAUCAACCAUAAUUUUGGCACCACUGAACCUACCAUUGGUACUACCACCGAAGAAGUAGUACCAGCACGCGAAGUUCGCUACGAAUUGCACGCUUUACCAAAACUUGACUUAAACUCGACUCAGGUUCAUGGUAUUUUGAUCGAUUUUAUGAAUACGACCAAACAGGAUGAAGAUAACCGAUUACAAAGGAUUUUGCGUAAACUUAACACUACCGAAGAUGAGUUUUUGGCAAAAAUGAAGGAAAUCGAGGCAAAUCCGUUAACUCGAAGGCUGAUUCUUCUCCUGAUUAGUGAGUGCGGUAACAGUACCCAAGCGGUACCGCUCCAUACCCUCCUCAUCCAAAAUAGUACCGAGGUGCUUCAAACGUCGAGUAGUACCCAUGGGUUCAAGAACAUUGAUCCGAGUCUGGAUAAUGACAGUCAGGACGCAAGGGCGUUGCAAUUGUUGAAUUCUUUGUAUACUAUAGCUUCGAGGUUUGGUAAAUGAGGUGCUCAGAUCGAUUAGAAAAUUGAGUGAAUGUUGAGUGAUAUUAGUUAAGUAUUUAAGAUUUUUUAUCAUUUUGUUAAUUCCUAUCAGUGUAAUCGAUUAAUGUAAAUUUUGUAAAUAAAUUGUUAUUUUAUAGCA